AUGCAACCAUAUAUUGAAUCGAAAAAAGCGAUUCGUACGUAUGUACUGGUAGAAAAUGCAAGAAGCAGUCGAUUGGAAUUAAAUGGAUUUACAAUAUUUGAUUCAAAAGAAAAAACAAGUUUAUAUCAACUAACAGCAUCAAGAAGUGAUAUCGAUAGUGCUGUACUUUUUGAUAAUUCUGGAAACAAAAUGAUCGCAAAUCUUGAAGGUAUAUGGAUAGGUACUAAAGUUAAUGUUACAUUUUCUAUUUAUGAUUCAAAGUUAAAUAAAUGGACGGAUGGAAUUAUACGAAGAACUGCUCAUUGGUUUUCUGUUGAUUUUAUUGUUGAAUAUAAUAAUGAACAAGUGAUUGCAAAUCGAAAAAGUAAUGUGAGAAAAGUAAAAGUUUAUCACAAAAAGAAAAAUGAAUUAUUAGCUGAAUUUCGACUUCGUCCUCAACGGAUAUCUGUGGCACCUCAUAAAUAUGAUAUGGAAAUCUAUUCGAAUAAAGCACCUGAUGCUAUUCAUUUUUUCUUAUUAUUAAUUAUCGACCAUCGAAUACAAUGA